AUGGAUCCUAUUCCACCUUUUGAUUAUAAUAAAUAUAUAUUUAAUACUGAAGAAGCAAAUUUCAAAGCAUGGGUUUUAUUUUCUUUUGGUAAUAAUCCAUCACAAAAAGUAUUUGUAGAUAAUACUCUUCUAAUAAAAAAUAUGAUAAAAGGUAAAAAUAGUGCACAUAAAAAUUUUAGAGAUACUUCUUGGGCUAAAAAAUACAAAUCACAUUGGUGUAUUCCAGAUAAUGUUUUAACUGAAUUAGAUAAAUUAAAUAUAGAUUAUAGUAAAAUUAUUGAUAUACCUGAUUCUGUAAUACAAAAAUUAAAUAAUAUAGUUGAUUCAGAUAAUUUAGAUGACGAUUUAUAUAAUAGUUAUAAUAUAAAAUUGGAACUAAAUAAUUUAGAAUUAAAUAGAAAUAAUAUUACUGAUUCAGAAUCAGAUGAGGAUAAUAUUACUGAUUCAGAAUUAGAAUAG